UCGUAGUCCAUUAUGCACAGAUUAUUAGCUUGUUCCACCAUAAAGCCAGUAUCUCGCUUUCCUUUACGCUUAUACUAUUCUACCGAAGUAACGAAGAGUACUAUCAAGGAGGGAUGGGAAGCUGUGAUUGGUAUUGAAGUCCAUGCUCAGAUUAACACGAAAACGAAAUUAUUUUCAGAUUCCUCUACUUCUUAUAAUGAUAUGGUCAAUACGCACGUAUCUCCCAUGGACGCAGCAUUUCCUGGUGUGCAGCCUCGCUUAAAUGAUCGUGCUGUUGAAUUGGCUGUUAAAACAGCUCUUGCUUUACAAGGACAAGUUCAGAAAAAAUCAACGUUUGACAGAAAGCAUUAUUUCUAUCCCGACCUUCCUCAAGGAUACCAAAUCACACAACAAAGAGAACCCAUUGCUAGAGGGGGAUAUAUCAAACUGACUCAUCAAGAUGGUGUAGAAAAUCCAAUUCGUGUCGGCAUUCAUCAACUUCAACUGGAACAAGAUACAGGCAAGAGUUUUCAUGAUAUGCGGCCUGGUGAAACAUUACUUGAUUUAAAUAGAGCAGGCACAGGUUUAAUGGAGAUUGUAACAAAGCCUGAUCUCAGAUCAUCUUAUGAAGCUGGUCUUCUUGUCAAGAAACUACAGAAUAUAUUGCAAUGGGUUGGAUCCUCCAAAGCCAAUUUAGAAGAAGGAUCUAUGCGUUGUGAUGUAAAUGUAUCUGUGAGAAGAAAGGGAGAAGGAUUUGGAACACGUUGUGAAUUAAAGAAUCUUAACCGAAUUCGAGUCUUGUCAAUGGCCAUUGAUGCUGAAAUCAAGCGUCAAAUUGAAGUGAUUGAAAAUGGAGGGCAAAUUGAAGAAGAAACGCGAAGAUAUGACGAAGGGAAAAAUACAACAUUUAGACUUAGAGACAAAGAAACUGCGCCUGAUUAUAGAUAUAUGCCUGAACCUGAUUUACCGCCCCUUUUGUUAUCUCAGGACUAUAUUGAUAAAAUAGCAAGUACACUAUCAGAAUUACCAGACGAGUGCUUAGACAGAAUUAUUCGACAAUAUGAUCUUAGUGUAGCCAAUGCCAAUUUAUUACUGCAUGAAUACAGGUGCGUGGACUUUUUUGAACAGAUUUGUGUUGGCCGAAACCCAAAAAUAGUAUCCAACUGGACACUGAACGAACUUUCAGGUGCGUUGGCAUCCAAAGAUAUUCCAUUUAAAGAGAAUCCUAUUUCUGUGAAACGUUUUGGGAAUUUGAUAGAUCUUGUCCAACAAGGAACAAUUACAGGCAACACUGGUAAAGAUGUACUUAAACUUAUGUUGACAAACCCUUCAGAGCCUUUGGAGAUUGUCAAGGAAAAAGGAUGGCUUAGGAUUACGGAUAAGGUGCAAAUAAAAUCACUGUGUGAUGAAUUAAUUAAAAAAAAUGAGACCAAGGUCAAAGCAGUUCAAAGUGGUGAUUUGAAACUCUUUAAAUGGUUUAUUGGUCAAGCUAUGGGUCGAACAAGAGGAAUGGCUGAUCCCAACACACUGAAUCUUGUAUUGAGUCAAGCUUUAGGUUGGUCUUCUUAUGAAGAUAUGAUGAGUAAUAGCAGUAACAAGUUGAAGAGCGAGAAAAAAUGAAUCUUAUUGGAUGACAAGAAUAAUAAAGUUCACUGUUAAUCUAAUAGUGCGGGUAGUAAAAG